CACAGAUUAAAGAGGAACAGGAGGAACUCUGCAGCAGUCCAGAGGGAGAGCAGCUUGCACCGAAGCAGGAGGCCUUUACGGUGACUCCUACUUGUGAGGAAAGAGGACACGGUGAAGAUCAACUUUUGGACUUGUGUACUGAUGAAACUGAGAGUGUGGUACAGGAAACAUCUCAUAGCAACAUUUCAGUUGAAAGCACCACUGUAGUUGAACUAAACAAUGACCACCAGCUUCUCCUUCACAACUCUCAUGAAUCAGCAUUUCAGACUCAUACAAGAGUCCAUAGUGAUGAGAAACCUUUUUCUUGCAAAACAUGUGGAAAAGGAUUCAAAUAUAGUAGCAUCUUAAAAGCCCACAUGAGAGUUCACACUGGGGAAAGGCCAUAUUCCUGCAUCACCUGUGGGAAAACAUUCAUUGAGGCAUCACAUUUGAAGACACAUUUAAGAGUUCAUACUGGGGAGAAGCCAUUUUCCUGCAUAACCUGCGGGAAAACAUUCUCUCAGGCAUCAUCGUUGAAGUCUCAUACACGAAUCCAUACUGGGGAGAUGCCAUUUUCCUGCAUCACUUGUGGGAAAACAUUCACUAUGAAAUCACAUUUGAAGUCACAUUUAAGAGUUCAUACUGGGGAGAAGCCAUAUUCCUGCAGCAUCUGUGGGAAAACAUUCACUGAGACAUCAAAUUUAAAUCGUCAUAUCAGAAUCCAUGUUCACGAGAAGCAGUUUUCUUGCACCACCUGCGGGAAAACAUUCUCUCAGACAUCAUCGUUGAAGGAUCAUACAAGAAUUCAUAGUGGGGAAAAGCCAUAUUCCUGCAUCACCUGUGGGAAAACAUUCACUAAGUAUUCAACUUUGAAACGUCAUAUAACAAUACACAGUGGGGAAAGAAGUUCUACUGACUCAAUUGUCCACAUGAGAAGAAAUCACAAAGGUGAAACAUCAGAGAUGCAACUCUGGUGAGAUAAUAGUCUGAGCAAUUUUUCCGAUUAAAAAGACUAAACUAAAUAUAAUGUAGAGUAGGAGGAAGACAUCAACCAAAUACUUGGGUUGUGGGAUAAUAUUUGGAAACCCGACAGAAUAAGUGUGUAAAAUGUAUUGUAAGAGCCCGAAGUGUGUAUGUUGUUUAAUUGGACCGUCUCAUGUUAAGGACAUAUAUUUUAUAUACACUCACCUAAAGGAUUUUUCGGAACACCAUACUAAUACUGCGUUUGACCCCCUUUCGCCUUGUGAACUGCCUUAAUUCUACGUGGCAUUGAUUCAACAAGGUGCUGAAAGCAUUCUUUAGAAAUGUUGGCCCAUAUUGAUAGGAUAGCAUCUUGCAGUUGAUGGAGAUUUGUGGGAUGCACAUCCAGGGCACGAAGCUCCUGUUCCACCACAUCCCAAAGAUGUGGUAACAAGGCAUGAUGGAUCCAUGUCCUCAUUCUGUUUACGCCAAAUUCUGACUCUACCAUUGUUACGUGCCUUGGCCUGCUUGUGGGAGGGGGUGUGUGUGUUUGUUUUGAUUUUGUGUUCCCACAGGUGUUCUGACACACCCACCAGGCAAUAAUCUUCCCUGCCAGCUCCCACCUGCAGCCACUAAUCACCCUCACCCACAGCCAAUCAACUGCAGGAUGUAGAGGCUUAAAGGAGGUCGGGAGAGACAAGAAGGGGAGAGUUGUUGGAGAGAGAGAGAGCCGAAGGAUUGUUGUUAAACAGAAGUUUUGGGAACGAAUGAACAAACUUGUGUUUUGAGCAGAGCGGUGUUCAAAGGGACGUUUCUUUUGUUUUGUGUACGUUGGUGUUUGAACCUUGAACUGGUCAAGGUUAAGUUAUUUUUGUUAUUCUGUCUGUGUUCAUUCCAUUGUUUGUACUAUUCCGUUUUUUGUUUCUUCAGUUGUCCCAGGGAAAAGGGGGCUGCACAAUGGGAGUGUGUAGGUAAGAGACCCUGGGGUUUACAUGCUAUCCGUAGAUAAACCUCUGUCUAUACACACUAGGUAAGAUCUGGGCGGACCAUCCCCUGUAUUUUUCAGAGAGUUUAGCAGGUUGUGUUUGGACUAGGUAGAGUAGGGGUCUUUUUCAGUGGUUAAUUUCUUUGCUUUGGUUCCGCUCAGCCCCUUUUC